CGCGUCGGUGUCCUGUACGCCCUGUCGGGGCUCAUUUUCCCGAUAAUGACCGCGUUCAUUAUCCCUUACAGAUAUUUACCCACAUCUGCCCACAUUCAAAUGUCAACUCAAACUCCCACAAAGCACCAGUUCCUUUGCGCACGCGCAGUCGUCUAAAAUACUUACCCUAUUCCCUCCUCCCUAUUUUAAUGCUAGCUAAGAUGGUGGUUUGAGCGUCAACUUGUCUCUACAAUAUCAGGACCAGAAAGGGGGCAAAACAACCCUGUCGACUUUAUAAUCAAAACCGAACGAUAAACCUAAGAUCAACCUAAGUAUCUACUCAUAGAAAACAUUGACAUUUCACACACAUUGGCUCCAGGUCCCCGCCCAACUGAGUUUGACUCCCUUGAAGUGGAACCCUUAGCUAAACACAGACAGGUGGUAGUGGCGAGGUGUCUCAGCCCUGUGCUGUGGUUCAACACCAACAUCGCCCAUCCUUGCCGUGCCAUAGAAUGUCCCACAGCCCCAAGAUGAAGGAUGACCCCAUGGAGUGUCCCCUGUGUAUGGAGCCGCUGGAGAUCGACGACGUCAACUUCUUCCCCUGCACCUGUGGCUACCAGAUCUGCCGCUUCUGCUGGCACCGCAUCCGCACCGACGAGAACGGCCUCUGUCCCGCCUGCAGAAAGCCGUACCCAGAGGACCCCGCCGUGUACAAGCCCCUCUCCCAGGAGGAGAUCCAGAGGAUCAAGAACGAGAAGAAGCAGAAGCAGAGCGAGAAGAAGCAGAAGGUGACCGAGAACCGCAAGCAUCUGGCCAGCGUCCGAGUCGUCCAGAGAAACCUGGUGUUCGUGGUGGGCCUCUCCCAGCGCCUUGCCGACCCUGAGGUUCUUAAAAGGCCCGAGUACUUUGGGAAGUUUGGUAAAAUACACAAAGUGGUCAUCAACAACAGCACAUCUUAUGCGGGUUCACAGGGGCCUAGUGCCAGUGCCUACGUCACGUACAUCCGGUCUGAAGAUGCCUUAAGAGCAAUACAAUGUGUCAACAAUGUGGUUGUGGACGGUAGAACGCUGAAGGCCUCUUUAGGAACCACAAAAUACUGUAGUUACUUCCUUAAAAGUAUGCAGUGUCCCAAACCAGAUUGUAUGUAUUUACAUGAGUUGGGGGAUGAGGCAGCCAGCUUUACUAAAGAAGAGAUGCAGGCGGGAAAGCACCAGGAAUAUGAGCAGAAACUUCUUCAGGACCUCUAUAAAAUGAACCCUAGCUUUCUACAACCCCCCAUAUGUGCAACAGAGAAGUCCAAAAGUAAAGCAAAUUCCACUCAAAGAACCAACAAUGGCAAUGGAAAGGAUGGCUGGCCAACACUGUCGGGGCAUAGCAAGCUAGCCAAUGGGCUUUCAGAAGACCGCAAGUCCCCGCCCCUUUUAGACUAUUUAGAUCAGGAGGUUCUUGCGGCAGAUGGGUUAGACACUACAGACGGGCCGGGCCACGGCAGCGCUAUCUCUCCCUUCUCCUCCAACUGCGACAGUAACAGUCCCAGUGAAAAGCCUCCAGAACCAAUGAGUAUAGUGAACGGAGAGACUUUACAACAGAUGGCGUGCAGCGACUCCCCGUCCCCCCCGCCGGGCCUGUCCAAGCCGGGCCUGGUGGUGCCCGUGAGCGUGGCGGACAUGGCCGCCCGCUCGCCCUUCGAGGGCGCGGCCGCCGAGUCCCAGUCGCUCUUCUCCGACAACAGCAACUUCCGCCACCCCAACCCCCUCCCGGCCGGCCUGCCCCCCUUCCCCAGCUCCCCCCGCAGCAGCGCCGACUGGCCCAUGACCCCCGAACCACAGAGCCUCUUCGCCUCAGAUACGAUACCCGUGUCCUCCUCCACGGACUGGCAGGCGGCCUUCGGCUUCGGCUCCUCCUCAAAGCAGCCGCAGGACGACGACCUGGGCUUCGACCCCUUCGACGUCACCCGCAAGGCCCUGGCCGACCUCAUCGAGAAGGAGCUGUCUGUUCAGGACCAGGGCCACCUCUCCCCGGGGCCCCAGAGCCACGGCCUGCUGCCCCCACACCUCAACAACCACCACCACCACCACCACCACCACCACCACACCCCCCCCCACCACCAACCCUCCGCCUCCGCCUCGGCCUCCCUCCACCACUUCCCCAUGGGCCCGCCGCGCCUCUCCCAGCUCCACCACAGAACCAUCUACAGCUCCUUCAGCUUCCCCGGGAGCCAGGGCAGCCCGGCCGGCCAGCCCCAGCCGUCCUCCAGGCACCCCUGGAUGGCGUGCCUCCCCGCCGCGCGCAAUAACCUCGCACACUUGAACCACUCGGCCAGCACUGCCUCACACAGUAACUUCCUCGACCUCAACCUGCCCCGUCAGCACAGCACGGGACUGGGAGGAAUCCCCAUCUCAGAGAACAGCAGCUCUAUAGACGGACUAAACGUCAAGGAGUGGCAGGACGGCCUGAGAGCACUCCUGCCCAACAUCAACAUCAACUUCGGGGGGCUGCCCAACUCCUCGUCCUCCUCGUCCUCCUCGUCCUCCUCCUCCUCCAACAGUGUUAACCACAUCGGUGGGCCGGCAGGGCCCGCGGGCAUCUCCCACAGCCUCAGCUGGGACGGCACGUCCAGCUGGAUGGACCCUGCCAUCAUCAAAGGUAUCCCCGCCUCGGCAGGGAACGGCUCCGACAGCCUCCCGGACGACAACCCCCCGCACUGGCUCAAGUCCCUGCAGGCGCUCACGGAGAUGGACGGGCCGCCCAGCUCGGCCUCCGCCCAGCCCCUCCGCAGCGGCCUUCUGGACGGCCUCAACCACCACCACCACAACCCCCACCACCCCCACCCCCUCCAACAACACCCCCACCCCCCCCACCACCACCACCACCAGAACCACCUGCCCCUCCACCACAGAGCUGCCGGCGGCUGGGCCCCCUACCUGCCCUCUGCCACGGCCAGCCCAGGCAGCCAGUUCCACUCCCCACCCCCGGGCUUCCAGACGGCCUUCAGACCCGCGGGCCAGCCCAACACAGAGCUGCUACAGAGUGCCGCUGUGGACCGCCACUGA